AGGCCGCUUUGGGCUGCCCCUCGGGAAGAACAGUACGGAAAAAGCAAGCAAGACAGCCUGUGCUAUUGGAAGCAAUUCACCUGCGAACUUGCGUAUUUCCUUUUUGUUUUUGUUGUUUUUAAGAGAGGAAGGUAUUCAGCCGCAUCCACUCCAGACACCCCUUCUCGUCGGUUUCUUCUCAUUUGUUAUCUUGGCUUGGCAUGCGACGGCGAUGGACCCUCUUUUAGCGCCAGCACAGCCGCAAUCCGACGCCCCUGCGGCGCCGGCCGACACGUCUUUCCCGCCGGUGGAGCCGAACGACACCACCGAGUCGCCGCAGCCCCCCUCGCCCACGAACGCCACAAACGCACCCGACGUGCAAACGGCCGGCGGAGACGACCAGCAGGACUUGGCGGAAGACGUUGCGGAGCAGCCGGAGGCGGCCGUCACGCCUGCUCCGCAGUCCCCCACCGACGCGCCCAAAUCUGCGAGUGCGGGUGUAGUGGCGAAGCGACUGAGCCGCAGUGGCCGGCAGGUGAUUCUUGACGCCAGCAGUCGCGUCGACCCGCUCUCCAACCGCUCCGCUGCGGCCAUGGGCACCCACAAUGGCAUGGUCGCUGCUGUCUCCUUAAACGCCCAGUACAAAACGAUCCCAGAGGAGCACGCCGAGUUUCGCGCAAAGAACAGAAUUCGCUCCAGCUACCGUGGCCCGGUGUACACGGUGGAGGAUGUCUGUGUGCUGUGCCACGCCUGUGGUGGCCCUGUGGACCCGGUGCGGCGCGUACCUGUCGGGUCCUUGUUUUUCCAUGAGAACUGCCUCCAAUGCUAUCUCUGCGGUCGACGACAAGGGACGGCGGGGCUGUACAUGCAGGUGGACCGACAGGCGGUCUGCUGUACGUGCGCGGCCCGCGGGUACGAGCGGUGGGUGCCGCGGCAGGAGGCGCAGUCACGAGGCAUGAUUUUUGGAGCCAUUCAGGGCGAUGUGUAUGAGGCGAUGGACGCCCACGAUCGGGGCGAGCGCGGUCUUCCACGGCUGCCGGCGUCUCCGCCUCCCGCUCACGGCCUCGCUGCGGUGCCGCGCACGUCGGUUGCGACAGGCCCGGUGGUGGCCGGCUCAACGCUGAACCGCCCGACUGUGCCCGGCGCGCUGCCGCCCUCGCUGACGAUUCGCCCAGUCCACACCGCCCGCAACACGGGGCGACGCUCCUUUGCGUUGAUGGAGCGCCAGCAGUAUUACACGCAGAGCGAUAAUAAUCUGUUGCUGCGCGCAUCGGAAGCAAGCGUGAAGACGAGCAGUGGGACGAGGCGGGCUAGUAAACUAGUGAAGGGGAAGCGCGCCGAGGGUUCUCCGGAGAAGCAACGCAUUACCGCCUCCGAUGAUAGCUUGUGA